CCUCCCAUGGCAUCACAGGAGAGGGUGGAGGCAGUGACCAAAGGAACAGUGUUCUGGCGCUGCCCCAAGCCGGUCACUUACACCCCGGGGACCUGCGAGCUGCUCAGAGUGAUGAUGAAGGAAUCCAAGUUGACUAACUUCCAGCAGCGUCACAUCAUGGACACCAUGAAAAGUAAGAGGCAGUCCCCAGAGGCUUCCUGGACAAAGGGAUUCGGGGCCACCUUUUUAAUGCUCCUCCAUUUUAAGGGAGAGGGGAUUUCAUUUCAAAAGACAAAAACAUUGGGGCCAGCCCUAGACCGGUUUGACGAAUUGGUGAAGGAGAUCCAGGAGAGGAAAGAGUUCCUGGCUGAUAUGGAGGCCCUGGGACAGGGCAGGCAGUACCGAGGAAUUGUCCUUACUGAAAUCUCCCAGAAACUACGAGAAAUGGAAGACAUUGACCACAAGAGGAGUGAGGAACUUAGGAAGGCUCUUGCCACCACUUAAUCUGUCUCCAGAGACAGGGGCAGGGUAGCGCCCAACCUCGACCACCAGAGCCCACCCCUCGUCAGCCCACCCAGACUGUCCUUCAGUCAUGUCAAAUGGUCGCACGGCACUGCCCUGGCCUAAGGUGCCCGGGGCAUAUACAGCUCCCUAGACACUGCCCAGGGAUGCUGGGUCAGCCAUUGGAGGCUCUGAGACCCACAGUCACAGACACAGUCUUCAAGUCUUUUCUAGGGGAAAGAGCCCCAGACACAGUGAAAGCAAGGCCCACAUCUCAUCGCCUCGGAUGUGUGUCUAUGGGCAUCCAGCUGGCCCUCUUCCCACCAACUCCAGCCUUGUGCAUCUUACUCACUUAGUUUUCUGAACUUGGGAAUGAAUAUGAUUCCUUUCUUCCUACCCGUCUUAGGACCUCCUUACUUGACUUCUUAUAGCCUUGGAAAUGUUUAACCACAGUGAUUAAUUAGCCAAUAAAUCACAUUUAACAUGUGU